AUGGGAACUCUUGUGUUUGUUUCAUCCUUGGUUUCAAUUUAUCGAAGACGCUCGCUCGCCUUUAAGAUCGCCAUUUUACUAUUCGCUUUAUCACAGUUCAUCGUGUAUUACAGUUUUUCUCGUUAUUCCAGAUUUGGUUUAGUUUUUAAUCUGACAACAACGCCUAAAACCGCGUCGAAAAAUGCGCCUGGAAAUUUAAACCUGCAUGUGUGGAUUGGAAUAUGCGCGAAAGACUUAAACGCUUUGUGUAAUUUUCCUAUGUAUCCGAAAGCGCCGGACGCGAGGGUAUUGCUUAACAGGACAAUGGUUGAUCCAGACGAGAGUGGAAUAAACGUUAAGACUUUGAGAUUGUUCGGCUUUGUCACUCCGUGGACAUCUGGAUUGUAUUUUUUCAAGGUCAAGUUUUGCUCGGCCGAAAUCUGGCUUGGUCAGGACGAGACCAACCUACGCACAAGAAGAAUUUACAGCGACGACGACUUCUCACAAGAGCAGAAAGAUGUUGGCGAAGCUGAGUUGAUAGGCGGAAAAAAGUAUUACAUAGAAGUGAUUUCCAUUUGCUCUGAAGAAACAAACCAACUACAAGUUCUGUGGAAAACACCACAGCAUUAUGAUUUUCAAAUUAUAAACGGAAGCUUUCUAUCUCAUUACCACAAAGUCAGCAAUUUUAAACAUGUAAAAUUAUACGACGAGUUGAUACCAGAUUCUCCAACCUGCGCUUCUAGACGACAUCAAGAGACUUAUUUUAAGGUAUACGAAGAGAUAAGCUAUUUAUCGCACGAGGAAAUUAAAGAUACGUUGCCGUAUUGUGAGUACAGCCCAAGCUAUGUUGUCAACCACAAAGUGGAUAGAUAUCAUGCAGUAAUUUAUCAUGUUGUACAUACAUUUAUUUACCCGUUUCCUGAGCAUCCACAACUUCAAGAUCAGAAAUACUGGAUAUUUCCCCUGGAUGAAAAAGAAGCGUUUCAGAUCGUCGAUACCUUCAUGAAGUCGCUCGAGCAAAGUAGACCAGGGUGGGUAUAAGAAUUUUGAUGAAAAACACUUUUCUUGUUCUCAAGACAAUUAAUCCAAGUGAAUUCUCUCUUAACAUGGGGGCACAGGGGCGUAUUAGAAACCACGAGAAAAGAGUCGCGCAAAAGGACCAUGGCAAUUUUGUGGCUGUUGUUGUUUGUUUGUUUGCGUUUUUGUUUUUGUGGGUGGAGACCGGUCUGGUGUUGGUACUGGGGUCGUCGUCACUUGAUCGAAACCCACGAUGUAGGGAAUAUUUGUUAAGUAAUAUAUCAAGCAUGAGAAGCGGUGUUUCGUCACGAGAUGAAACACCUUGAAGUUCGUCAAAAAUACGUCUCUUCGCGUCGUUCUCAGUGUUUCAUCUGGUGAUGAAACACUGCUUCUCAUGCUUGUUGUAUCGCAUCCAAACUUAUUACGCAAACUACAUUUUAUACUGACUACAUAGGGCACACAACCCCAUAGCCAUGUCCACAGACGCCCCCUCCCCUAAAAAAAAGGGUAGAGGGGGAGGGGAGGGUGCGUCUGUACAUAGACUCAAGAAAAUUCAGUUCCAGUCUGUUAUCGGACCUAUGACUUAAGGGUAUCUCUGCUAAUGUUCUUCUUUUAAAGAAGAUGGGUAGUUAACCUUUCUAAGAGAAACAGUCGACUCUUGCUAAGACGGACACCUUUAAGGACGGCACUAUAAAGUAUCCGUGUGUGGGUGGAGUUCUACUGUCGCCUACGCGCAACCUCGCUCAACUUUUACGUUUACGCUCGUAAGAAUUACUUGACAGUGGAAAUCCACCUUGAGAGUGAUGUCCAUCUUAUAGAAAGUAAAAGGGGGGUAAGCUUAUUUUCGUGAAGCCGUGCUCGACCAUUUUUGGUGUCCACUGAACUAACUGAAAAACUGUUCUGUGAAUCGUGAUUGAAAUGCACUCCGUGAAACAUGAACUGCCAAAAUCCUCUAUACGGUACACCUACAAUCAAGAUGAGUUAAAGAAAUAAGCUCAUAAAUUUGGCCCAACGAUCUAAAUAACUAGCAUCUGGCUGCAUGAUUUAACUUCACGUUUGAGUCUUUUGAUGUCACUUCACACUUCAGUGAGCUCAGACCCACGUACAGAUGGCUUCCGUAGGGAAUUUAUAGCCGCGCAGAGAUCACCCAAACUCGUGGCCGAGAUCAAGUACACUUUUUGUGAAACUCAAAAUUGGUGUUUGUGAACUUGUGACAAGAAUUUUCCCCUCUGCCCCUCCCCUCAGUAAAAGAAAAGGGGUAAAGAAAGGGAGGGACCAACCCUACGUGUCCAUCCGUCUUAUAGAGGAAUCCGUCAAGAGAGAGUCGUCUGCAAUAGUAUUGAAGUAGGUUACUAGCUGUUAGGAUUUGUUUGCACUCCAGGAAAUUUGUCUUCAAGAAAGUGAGAGGUGUUGAACGAAAGACUGAUACCAUAAAAGGAAGUAGGUAUCUGAUUGAUGCGGAAUUGAGGGAUCUUUCAAACAACAAAACGGUCCUUCUCUCUGAAUACGUUUUCAUGCCUAAUGGAACAAAGAAGCUUUGUUAUCCAAAGGAUCUUGAGUGGAACAAAACAGCACCGGUUUACCUUGUUGUUACAGCUAAAAAUCUUGGCAGAUGGAUUCAUCACUUUAUAAGGAACGUGGAAAGGAUUAUGCGGGAAACAGAAGACCCUUAUCUUCACGUGAUAAUAUUCGAUUACAAUAGCUCUGACAUCGACUUGGAGAAAGUAUUAAAGCAGAGCUCUUUACAAAAUUACAAGUUUUUGAGGCAAGAUGGUGAAUACUCACGGACCAGGUCAUUUACUGAGGCAAUAAAUCUGGUAUCAGACCCACAGAGUAUCAUAUUCAUGGUUGAUCUUCACUUGCAUAUAGCAAGUCCUCUUAUUAACAGUAUUAGAAAGGUAAGUUUGUUGUCAUAUGUCAGUAACUGACCUCCGCAAGUGAAUCAUGAGAAUCGUCAGCGUCGUUCCUAGUCGCCCUCGGCGACUAGGAAUUUUCUCUGACUAUCUCCACUGAUUUCUUGAGUCAACCCUUUCUCGAGUAGAUUUAUAAAUAGAGCGGUUUUGUUUCCCGCGAAAAGUGUCGCAUUUCCGCGAGUCUCGUAUGUCACCGUAAAAAAUAAACGUGGACGAAAUUGAAGGCGAAAUCAGGAGCCUGUCCUGCGACCGUUUUCCUUUUAACCAUACGUCCGUUUUUCAGAUUUUACAGCUGCUUGGAUCUGGGUAUAAUGAAACUAAACUUAAUGAUAACAGAUCACUAUUCGUGAGAAAACAACAGCUGCAGUCUCAGACAGAAAUAGUUAGGGCACUUCCAACCAACGCUCUUUUUCCACUUCUGGUCCCUCUCCUCGUCCUCCCAAUGUUGGUUAUCACAGUUAACUCACCAAAUCUUGCUCACCAACAUUGGGAGGGCAAGGAGACAGCAAAGUGUCCCAACAAUUUUGACUAAGACUGUGGGCUCGGCGUUACAAAAUAUAGCAGGGAAUCAUUACACUGACAGACAAAACAACUACAAGUUUUUAUUCAGAUCAACGCAUUUCGGAAAAAGACCUUAUGAAACUAGGACCGUGAUUUAUAUAGAGGGUUAUUAAGUCAUUGGCCAUUGGUCCUUUUCACUGUCAACGUGCAAAGCCUCCCCUGGGAACCAUUCUAUUUAUAAAUCCUCCCGGGAAAGGGUUGACUCCAAGGGCUUGUAUUGGAGAUAAAGGCUCUCAGUUAUAAGCUCCUGCAAUAAUGCAUUCUUUGUUCACUCGCAGCACUGCAUCGAAGGACGCAUGAUCUACACACCAAUCAUCGUCCAAAUGGAUUGUGGAGCUAACCCUAAAGACCUGUCGGGUGAGUGGCAGGUUUACGGCUACGGAAUAAUAGGAAUGUACAAAUCGGACUGGGACCGAGCAGGAGGAUUCCCUGUGCAGAAAAACACGUGGGGCGGUGAGGACUGGGCACUAGUGGAUCAGUUGUUCGGAUUGGGAAUAGAAUUUGAACGCAUGCGCACCACGCAUAUUUAUCACUAUUACCAUUCCAAGGAAGGCUUGUGGUAG